AUGGUGUCUUCAACAACAGUUCCAAUUAUAACUGCACAAUAUGCGGUGACAAAUGCUGCGACAUUGAAAUUUAUUGAUUCGGAAUUUUCGCCGAGCGAUUCACCGGUUAGAUAUACUUAUAUUUAGAAAUUUUGAACAAAAUCAUUUUUCCAGAUUGAGCAUAUUCCGGGCUCUGCAACUUUCACAUUUGAUAAAGGAUUCUUUGGUUCUCAAUACAUCAAAUUUGACUUGUAUGAUCCAGAAAACUUCCAAAAAUAUAUUCGACUUUUGGGAGUGAAAAACAGCGAUCAAAUUGUGAUUUAUAGUCGUGGACCAGCGGCUGGAAAUAUGUAUUCAUCAAGAGCAUUUUGGACAUUGAAGGUAAGAAAAUUUGAAAAUGAAAAAAAAAACAGGGAAGUCCAAUAAAAAAUUUUAGCGUGAAAAUUCAAAAAAUUAUUCAUUUAUAGGUUUAUGGAUUUGAAAAUGUGAGUGUUUUGGAUGGUGGAAUUGACGCUUGGAAAUCAGCGGGUGGAAAAACAUCCACAGAUCCGGAAACUUUUUCACUUGGAGAUUUUGAUGCGAAACCAUUCGAUAAAUCGAUUCUGAUCAAUUUCGAAGAGAUUCCAUUCAAUAAUUUGAGCUCAAUCAAUUAUUUGGAUGUUCGAACAACUGCACAAUUCACCGGGGAAGAAUCGCUAUCAAAAAUGUUCCCAGGCACAAGUUAGUUUGAAAAUAUAAAAACAAUAAUACUAACAGAAAUUAACAACACAUUUUUUGUUCCAGAAGCUACUGGAUCUCAUGUUCCUGGCGCAAUCAGCUUCCCAAUGGGUAAUUUGAUAAGCUCAGCUGGUUUUAAAUCUCAGGCCGAAGUUGAUCAACUUUUUAACAAUUUGAAGUUGGAUAAAUCCAAACUUUUGGUGGUUUCCUGCAACACUGGAAUUCAAGCAUCUGUUGUUCAUACAGCAUUACGAAGAAGUGGAGUUGUGGCAAAAGUUUAUAAUGUGAGUUGAAAAAAAAACGGUGAAUUAUUUCAUAAAGUAUAUUUUUCAGGGAAGUAUGGCUGAAUUGGCAUACCAUGCACCAGAACUUGUCACUGCUACUGGAUCAUAA